AUGACCUUGAACGAAGCGGACAUCGCGAUGAACGAACGCCGUUGCAUCGUGACCGGCGAAAGCGCCGACGCUGACGGGCUGAUCCGCUUCGUUGCCGGGCCCGACGGCAUGGUCGUGCCCGAUCUCAAGCGCACCCUGCCGGGCCGCGGCUGCUGGGUGACCGCCCGGCGGGCGAUGGUCGACAAGGCCGUGUCCAAAAAGCUGUUCGCCCGGGCGCUGCGCCGCAAGGUAGACGUGCCAGACGAUCUGGGCGCUCUGGUCGACCGUCUGCUGGUCAGGCAGGCAACCGGUGCACUGUCGAUGGCGCGCAAGGCGGGCGCGCUCGUUUCGGGCGCCAUGCAGGUCGACAAGGCCGUGCGCGCGGGCCGUGCCACCGCAUUGCUGCAUGCCCUGCAUGCGGCGCCCGACGGCAUCCGCAAGCUCGACCAGGCGCGCCGCGCCACGGUGCAUCUGGGCGGCCCGGACGUGCCGGUUUUCAUGCUCCUUGAUGACGAACAAAUGGGUUUGGCAUUCGGGGGCGGUAAUGUAAUACAUGCAGCCGUGCUUGACGGCAGGGGUGGCCAUGCCGCAUUGCGGCGGCUUGAAGCGCUGCGCGACUACAGGACUGGGCCAGAUAUGCGACCGGCUUCGCCGGACGCAGGCGCCGGUCUUUUGGCCGGAACGGCCGGCGGGCAUGUGACCGCGAAGGAAACGGAUCAGGAAUGA